AUGUAUACGACUCGCUUAUUAAAGCAAAGAAAAGUUGAUGUAGAACUCCAAAAGGAAAUAAGCACUACGGAAGAAUGUUGGGUUAAAGUACUAGAAAGAACCAUAAGUGUAAUAAAGUUUCUGGCUACCAGUGAAUUGGCAUUUAAAGCAACUCAUGAAAGAAUUGGCGAAAAACGAAAAGGAAACUACUUAGGUUCACUGGAAACUAUUGUCAGAAUAUGA